AUGUUUCUGAUGUGUGUGCAACAAGUUGCUGACCAAUUGAAAACCAGUGUGCAACAAGUUGCCGACCGAUUGAAAACCAGUGUGCAACAAGUUGCCAACCAAUUGAAAACCAGUGUGCAACAAGUUGCCUGCCAAUUGAAAACAAGUGUGCAACAAGUUGCCGACCGAUUGAAAACCGUGUGCACAAUUGUCUGGCCAUUGACAACAAGUGUGCAACAAGUUGCCAACCAAUUGAAAACCAGUGUGCAACAAGUUGCCAACCAAUUGAAAACCAGUGUGCAACAAGUUGCCGACCAACUUGAAAACCAUGUGCAACAAGUUGCCAACCAACUGAAAACCAGUGUGCAACAAGUUGCCGACCAAUUGCAAAGUGCAACAAGUUGCCAACUAACUGAAAACCAGUGUGCAACAAGUUGCCAACCAACUGAAAACCAGUGUGCAACAAGUUGCCGACCAACUGAAAACCAGUGUGCAACAAGUUGCCCCCAACCAACUGAAAACCAGUGUGCAACAAGUUGCCAACCAACUGAAAACCAGUGUGCAACAAGUUGCCCACCAAUUGAAACCAAGUGGUGCAACAAAGUGCCCAACCAACUGAAAACCAGUGUGCAACAAGUUGCCAACCAAUUGAAAACCAGUGUGCAACAAGUUGCCCACCAAUUGAAAACCAGUGUGCAACAAGUUGCCCAACCAACUGAAAACCAGUGUGCAACAAGUUGCCAACCAACUGAAAACCAGUGUGCAACAAGUUGCCCACCAACUGAAUACCAGUGUGCAACAAGUUGCCCACCAACUGAAAACCAGUGUGCAAAACAAGUUGCCCACCAACUGAAAACCAGUGUGCAACAAGUUGCCCAACCAAUUGAAAACCAGUGUGCAACAAGUUGCCAACCAACUGAAAACCAGUGUGCAACAAGUUGCCAACCAAUUGAAAACCAGUGUGCAACAAGUUGCCAACCAAUUGAAAACCAGUGUGCAACAAGUUGCCCACCAACUUGA